UUACUUGUACACCUGUCAAUAUAUUUAGUCUCUCGGAUUAAAAAAUAUAUUUUAGUCGUUUAGUUUUGUCGCAAUGAAAUAACUAAAUUAAAAUUCUUAUGAAGUUUAAAUGUAGAAAAUUGUAUGCAAUAUUGUAAAUGUAACCUAUGUUAAACAUUGCAUUAGUAUUGUCUAUUUAUUUUCUGCUGACCAAAUAUGUGUGACGAACGUGGAAAUAUAUCUGCCAAAUCAUUUUCCCGUUCUCUAGACCCGAUUAUAAAAAUGGGUUACAUGGACGGAGCUUCAAAUGGACAAAAUGCUACAUUUCAAUCAAGUUUCAAUAUUGGGUAUAAACAGGGAUUAAGUUUUGGACUAAAUUUAGGAUUUAAUCAAGCUAAUCCAAGAAUACAGGAUCAGCCAUUUCACUUGCAAGAAUUAAAGGAUCCAAAAAAGAUAAACUGCCAAAUAUGUUUAAAAAAUGCUACUACUCAAGAAAAUAUAGUAAAUCUAUGUAACAUUCAGAAAGAGAAAAAUGAUGAAAUCAUGUCAUAUUUCAGAGAUGUAGAAUCAAAUGGAUAAUGACAACCUUGUGGUGAAAUAGUCCCCCUUUCAUAUGAGAAAACAUCUGGUAGGCUUUUAUUCCUGUAUUUUAUAUUUCAUAAAAUAUACUACAUCUAAGUACGGUAAAUUAUAUGUAAUAAGAGCAAAUAACCAUUUUAAUGACCAUAACCUGUUUAAAGACAAUUUUACAAAAAUUAUUGAAUAUAAAUGUAUAAAAACAUGGAAAGAAUUUAUUUUAAAUUAAAAUCUGUACCCACUAUGUUUUUGUCUCACAAAACAGAUGCUCAUUAUCAGUUCACUGGUGAACUGA